ACGAAUGGCAAAUUGGGUCAAAACAGGAGAGCACAGGCAAGCGAGAGAGAGGGCCAUGACGGACUUCGCUUCUGAUGGAUCUGAGCAUUCUCAUGGUCCCAGGCCUCCUUGGUUCUUCAGUGGUGCUAUAAAUGACUCCGACCAUGCCGGCUGCCCAGCGGAAGGUUGUCCUCCUAACCAAGAGACUCCUGACUGUGGCGGGACAGACGAGACCUGCAAGAGAACCUUCUACACACCACACAUGGAAGACACCCUGAGAAGACGCCUCAAGUAUCACUUCAUGACCCCUUGCCAGAAAUGGACGGCCAAGAGAAGAUUUCCAUGGAAAAUGAUAGUGCAAUUGCUCAAGAUUAUUAUGGUGACAGUACAGCUUGUAUUAUUUGGAGUUGACCGCAGUGCUCAUGUAACAUUCCUGGAGAAGUCAGACAUAGCAUUCAAGCACCUGUUCCUUCAGGGGUGGGAUCCAGCCUAUGAGACAGUCCCCUACCCUGCCCCCCUGGGAAAGUUUGCUGUUUACAAGCACAGUGAUUUCUACGCAAAGCUAAACUUUGCAUGGAAAAUGUACCAUGAGGCGUGGCCAGAUGCUAUUGGUGUGUAUGACGCACCCCGAGUGAACAGUACUGUAGAUGAACCCAUGGUGCUGUGCAAGACAUAUUUUGAAGUUGGUGAUGUUGAUCCAGCCAGUGGAAGUUAUAACUUUGAUCUGGAUCCAGUCUCAUCUUGUUUUCAACUGCAGAGAACCAUGACGCAUUUCAACACAACUACCAAUAAAACAGAAUACACAUAUGAUAUUGAGAAGUACCUUGCCUCCAUUAAUGAAAGCAUUAAUUUUGACACGUUAAUGAAAGUAGAAGCCAAGUUCUCUCUACGCUCCAUCCAUCUGAAGAACUUUGAUCUAAGAAAGAAUGAAGCAGAAUGUUUUCAGUUUGACAUCGAUAUUCUGUUUGACAACACAGGUUACAAUGGGCAAGUACCAGUAAAGUUGUUGUCUACACCAAACACAUUUGCCUGCCGUGGCAAGAUUAAUAAUCACGGAGAAGUCUCUCAUGUGGUGAGGAAUCUUAUCAUUUUCUUUGAUGGCCUGGUCAUCCUAAUUUCAACAAUUUCUGGGUGCUUAUGUAUCCGCUCCCUCUACAGAUCUCAGAAACUAAGAAAAAUAACUGCAGUAUUUUUCAAGAAACAGAGACAGGUAACCCUAACAUGGGAAGACCAUCUGGAAUUUCUCAACUUUUGGUACCUACUGAUUAUAGUGAAUGAUGUCAUCACCAUCAUAGGGUCAGGCUGUAAAAUUAUGGUGGAAGCCGAGAGAUACAGUCAGAGUGCAGGUGUCCAAAUCUCGACUACUAUUUUUAACAUAGACUACUAUGAGAUCUGUGGGCUGACUCUGGGCACUGGGAGUCUGUUUGCAUGGUUUGGUAUCUUGAGGUAUCUCAGCUUCUUUGAGAAGUACAAUAUCCUAAUCCUGACAAUGAAGAAAUCUUUUCCGGAAGUGAUCCGUUAUCUUAUCUGUGCUCUCAUGUUUUUCUUUGGGUUUGUGUUCUGUGGUUGGGUGGUACUAGGUCCCUAUCAUGUCAAGUUCCGUUCAGUCAGCACUGCCUCAGAGUGUUUGUUUGCUCUGAUGAAUGGAGAUGACAUCUUUGAAACAUUUGCCAUCAUUGAUCCAAAGCUCGUCAACAGCAAUAUCUGGUUCUUCAGCCGUGUCUACCUCUACGUCUUCAACAGCUUGUUCAUCUAUGUGGUGCUAAAUGUUUUUAUUGCAUUACUGACAAAUGCAUAUGAGUGUAUAAAGGAAUCGUACAGCGAAGGUGGUUUUCAGCCCCAUGGUGAUCUGAUGUCGUUUAUAGCAGAGACAGAUGAGGACCAUACCUCUCCACACUACAGGGCAGAAGACGACAGGAGGGCCUGCAAUCUAUUUGAUUGCCUCCCCUGCUGCAAGAGGCAUGAUGUCGAUGAACCAAAUGAGAGGACCAGCCUAUUGAACAGAAAUGUGGAAACGUGAAGAAUAAAGGACAUUACAGGGCAGUGAAGGUCACCAGAACCAUGUGAUAUUAACUGAGAUUGUAAAGGGCAUUUUCAGGAGGCAAACGUUUUUCAUAUUUUUGUUCAUUUCAUUCCUAGUAUCAAAUUCCCUUAGCAGUAUAAAAAGUUUGCAGCCAUAUUGCAACAACGAGUUUGCAGGAGUUAUCAAGAAAAAAUUUAUUGCUGCUUAUUUGCAGCCAGAAUGCAAUAAUCCAGCAAAUUUGCUGCAAAUUCACUGCAAAUUUGUAGCAGGCCUGAUAUUUUGGUAAGGAAAAUGUUCUCUAAGGUACUUGUGUCCUGAGAGUCAUAUUUUAUGAGUUCAAGUUUCUCUGAAUCAAAUACUUCAUCUUACAUUUUCAUUGGCCAGUGUUGCCGAGAUACAAUUGGAAUGUUACAUUGUAACAGGCAUUGUGGCCAAUAUCAAAACUAAAGGGAAAUAAAAGAUGUUGUUAAGCACACACUAUUGUUAAGUGGUCAAUAGCUCGUUAAAAUUUUGCCCUGCCAUUAAGAAUUGGUAGGCAUGAGACUGUUCAAGGGGUUUUCUUUUCCAAAUAAACAUGUCAAGGUGACCAGUUCUACACAUUUAUUUAUGAUCUACAUGUUGUUAACUGUGUACUACCAUGUUUUUUGGAUGUUUUUUUUUUUUUGUCACUGAUAAUACAAUAAACACCCACUGCAUGUGUGUUGGCAGCCCUGAGUAUUUUGUGAAGACUAUUGGAAACUAGUGAGAGUAUGGUUCUGCAAAAUAAGUUGAUGGUAACAUAUAAUUUGUCAGAUGUUAUGGAUGAGGUAGUAUACAUACAGUAUGUUGAUAAUGUUUUCUGUUUAUUGUCUUCCUGCAUUAUUGUCUUCCUGCAUAUGAGUUUUAUCAUGUUAUAUUGGUCACAUCCGAUGUUUGACAUUUCUCUGUAAUUGUGAAAGCAGAGUAAUAUUUAUAAAUAUGAUUACAUGUUAAAUUUAUAAGGCCAAGCAUUGCAUGUACAGUUGUUUAGAAAAGAUCACUUUCUCCUUUGAAGGGUACUUUUUUAGGGCUGCAGUCGGACAUUCAGAGUGUGGGUAUGAGGUCAUAUAUUACAUUGUAAAUGUCUUGUGAAGUAGGCUAAUCAUGAGGUUCCAAAAGGCUCACAAAAUCCAGGUCUGCUUUUAUCAUAAGAUGAAUUCAUUGUCAUAGCUAUAGAUAUUGAGAGUAGUGGGACAUAAAUUUCCCUAUUUCAGAAAUGUGUAUAGGGAAUAAAGUUUUCUUUUUAUUACCUGUCUCUACAGCAAUAUUCACCCACUUUUGUUCAGUCAUUUUAAACUCUUUGACAAUCUUUAAUUAAAUUUUAGCUAACCAGUGCAAAAAAUAGAGGUAUAUCUCAGGUAAUGAAUAUGGUGUAAAUUAAGUUAAUUGCACAUUCAUAGCUGAAAGUUUAAAACUUGGUGGCAGUUGAUAACAUUUGCAAUCCAGACACAAAUGGCAUUUUUCUCAGAAAUAAAAUGUUAAGACUUUGUUUAGUUUUGACACAUUAUAGGUUUCAUUAUUGUAUUUUAAGGAACAUUUUUCCUAUUUUUUCACUAAAAACCAGGUAGUACUUUACCAUUGCCAAAUAAAAACCAUGUUUCUUAGAUCAUAAUCAUCCACAUCAUAUCAGUGGCAUUAAUUAGAAAAUAAAGCUGCAUUUUUGUAGGAAGGAAUUUUGUUAUUUUUGUAAUUCUUUUAGGAUAUUUCAAAAAGAACUUUCACAUUAUUACUUGAAUUUUGUGAAUCCUGUCAUUUUGAUGGAGACAUUCACAGUAGAUACUGAUACAUGUUGGUACAUGUAUUAUCAAUUGACACACUUACAGUUUGCU